AUGCAAUUCUCUCCGGGCUGUUUGGUGUUGGUGUUCGCCCUGUUCCAUAGUGCACCUCAGGCUCCGGCCACUGUGGUUGAGGACCAUGUAGAGCGAUGCAAGGACUCCUUAUACAUGGGAACCCCCCCACAGGGAAUCAUUAAUGCCAAACUGAAGAAGAUCUGUCAGCGCUAUGCCGACAAGCCACGCUUCGUGACCUUGUACGACCCUCAGAAACACAUCCCAGUCUACUCAGCCUACUCCUUCAAGAAGACAGAGGGAGACCGGCGUGUGGACUACCCCUGGAUGUAUGAACCACAUCUGGCAGAGGUUGAUGGGAAUGGAAAUAUGCUACCCUUCCCUACCGGCUACUUGCACAUGAAGUUUGAGGACAGCCAUGCAGUGCUGGAUGACUACUCUGACGUAGUCCUGUAUGAGAGAGGUCACCUGAACCCAGACCAGCACCAGUCUGACCCUCACGACCGUGCCGCCACCUACACCCUGACCAACGUGGUCCCAGAGAUCAGGGAGUUCAACAUCGGGCCGUGUCGUAAGCACGAGGAGCGCAUCCGCCUUCGCCUCAACAACUACUGCCGCGGCACCGCCUUCAUCGUCACCGGGGUGACCACCACCGGUCACAUGAUCUGCCGGAACAACCAGGACCGGGUGGCCAUCCCUGAGGACGUGUGGACUGCCUACUGCUGCACCGACUACAACCGCAACUCCCCCCAUGACGUCCGCAUCCACUUCCCCUCCCAGGCUGCCCUGGCCAAGAACGCCAAGGAGGGCAACACGGUCCAUGAGAUGUCAGUCCAGGACCUGGAGAACUUCCUGAAGACCCGGAUGGACGUGGACCAGAACCUGCAGAUCUUCUAUGACAACUGCAUCGCCCCCUCUCCCCUUCCUCUGUAUCUCCACCACACCAUAUAAGAGCACCUCAACAG